AAGCGGGAUGCUGCGGUGGCAAGCUCGGGAAGAGGACAGCGCUGUGCUGAUUGAUGUGCCCUUCCCGGGGGCAGAGAAGGGAGGAUCGUAUGGAAGUACAGCUCAUGCCUCAGAGGCAGGUGAACCCCAGGAAGCUCCUUGCACAGCAGGGAGCCCUGCCAAGCCGGUGAUCGACUUUGUCCUUGUUUGGGAGGAAGAGCUGAGGCUGGGUGGACAGUGGGACAGCAGCACCAGGGACAAGCCAGACACACACCGGGCCUGGAGAGAGACCUUUCUGGAAAAUCUUCGUGCAGCUGGGCUACGAGUAGACCAGCACAAUGUCCAGGACAAGGCCUCUGCAGUACACUACGUCCUCCUCAGUGCCCCCUGGCCUGUGCUCUGCUACUAUGCAGAAGACCUUCGUCUGAAGCUACCACUGCAGGAGCUACCCAACCAGGCCUCCAACUGGUCAGCCAACCUGCUGGCCUGGCUGGGCAUCCCCAACAUCCUGCUGGAGGACGUGCCUGACAUGCCCCCUGAGUACAACUCCUGCCAGUUCAAAGUGAGCAAGCUGCCACGGUUCCUUGGGAGUGACAACCAUGACACCUUCUUCUCUAGCACCAAGAGACACCAGAUUCUGUUUGAGAUCCUGGCCAAGACCCCCUAUGGCCAUGAGAAGAAAGGCUUGUUUGGGAUUGACCAGCUGCUGGCGGAGGGUGUGUUCAGUGCAGCCUUCCCCCUGCAUGAUGGCCCCUUCACUAUGGCCCAAGAAAACCCACAAGCCCUGGGUCUGAACCAGCGCCACACCCUCUUCCAGUACUGGGCUCGCUGGGGCAAGUGGAACAAGUACCAGCCCCUGGACCACGUGCGUAGGUACUUCGGGGAGAAGGUGGCCCUGUACUUUACCUGGCUUGGGUUUUACACAGGCUGGCUCCUGCCAGCAGCAGUGGUAGGCACAGUGGUGUUCCUGGUGGGCUGUUUCAUGGUAUUCUCAGACACGCCAACGCAGGAGCUGUGCCACAGCACAGACAGUUUCGAGAUGUGCCCACUCUGCCCAGAUUGCCCCUUCUGGCUGCUGUCCAGCACCUGUGCCCAGGCCCAGGCUGGCCGGCUCUUCGACCAUGAUGGCACCGUCUUCUUCAGUUUGUUCAUGGCACUGUGGAGCGUGUUGCUUCUGGAGUACUGGAAGCGGAAGAGCAUCACACUGGCCCACCACUGGGACUGCUUCGACUAUGAGGACAUCGAGGAGAGGCCUCGGCCCCAAUUUGCUGCUACCGCUCCCAUGACCACCCUGAACCCCAUCACUGGGGAGGAUGAGCCCUACUUCCCUGAGAGGAGGCGUCUGCACCGCGUGCUGGCCGGCUCCGUGGUGGUCAUGAUGAUGGUGGCUGUGGUGGUCAUGUGCCUUGUGUCUAUCAUCUUGUACCGGGCCAGUAUGGCCAUCCUUGUGUCCAAGUCAGACAACACCCUUCUCACGGCCUGGGCCUCACGCAUCGCCAGCUUCACAGGGUCCGUGGUAAACCUCAUUUUCAUCCUCAUCCUCUCCAAGAUCUACAUGGCCCUGGCCCAGGUCCUAACGAGAUGGGAGAUGCACCGGACGCAGACUUCAUUCGAGGAUGCCUUCAUCCUCAAGGUGUUCAUCUUCCAGUCUGUCAACUUCUACUCCUCGCCUGUCUACAUAGCCUUCUUCAAGGGCAGGUUUGUGGGAUACCCAGGCAACCAUCACACCUUGUUUGGAGUCCGAAAUGAGGAGUGUGCGGCUGGAGGCUGCCUCAUCGAGCUGGCACAAGAGCUCCUAGUCAUCAUGGUGGGCAAGCAGAUCAUCAACAAUGUGCAGGAGGUCCUGGCCCCGAAGCUGAAGAGCUGGUGGCAGAAGCUGCGGCUGGGCUCUAGGAGGAGGAAGGCUGGUGAUGCCUCCAGGGCUGGCCUGGCACCCUGGGAAGCUGACUACGAGCUGCUGCCGUGUGAGGGGCUGUUCCAUGAGUACCUCGAAAUGGUGCUGCAGUACGGCUUCAUCACCAUCUUUGUGGCCGCCUGCCCGCUGGCGCCGCUCUUCGCCCUGCUCAACAACUGGGUGGAGAUCCGCCUGGACGCGCGCAAGUUCGUCUGCGAGUACCGGCGCCCGGUGGCGGAGCGCGCGCAGGACAUCGGCAUCUGGUCCCACAUCCUGGCGGCCAUCACGCACCUGGCGGUCAUCAGCAACGCCUUCCUGCUGGCCUUCUCCUCCGACUUCCUGCCGCGCGCCUACUUCCGGUGGACGCGCGCGCGCGACCUGCGCGGCUUCCUCAACUUCACGCUGGCGCGCGCGCCGCACGCCUUCGCCGCCACGCACAACCGCACGUGCAGGUAUCGGGCUUUCCGGGAUGAUGAUGGACACUAUUCGCAAACCUACUGGAAUCUUUUGGCCAUCCGCCUGGCCUUUGUCAUUGUGUUUGAGCAUGUAGUGUUCUCUAUUGGCCGAGCCCUUGACCUGCUGGUUCCCGACAUCCCAGAGUCGGUGGAAAUCAAGGUGAAACGGGAGUACUACCUGGCCAAGCAGGCACUGGCCGACAAUGAGGCUCUCCUUGGAGCAAGUGGAGCAAAGACUGACCAGCCCCUGAGCUCAGAGCCAAGUCGGGGUCCACAGGCCUAGGGUUCCAGGACUGGCCGGCC